AUGGUCAUUACGUUUACCAAAGAGUUUGGCAAUUGUCAAAAAAAGGAUUAUACUGUAAUCCAGAUUAAGGACAGACACCAGAGAAUUAAGAUGAUUCUUCGACCGUUACCACAGCAAUCAUCCAAUAAGUUACAUAUCAAAGGACAUGGAAAGCGGCAAGCAAUCAAGAGAAAGACACGACCAUCUGAUGAUGGCGAGGUUUUAGCGCAAACCACCAAGAGACCUCGUGGGACUCCCAUUGCCCGGUACUCAGAUCAGAGGAUACCCAGCAAUUUCUGGCUCAAUGAGCUCAGACUCAAUGCUAGAGAUGUUGAGAUACUGGACAAUGGGGAGUGGCUAACGGAUGAUCACAUCUCAGCCGCCCAAACGUUGCUUCGUCGUCAGUUUCCUGCAAUGUCUGGUCUUCAAGAGCCCGCCUUGGGUGAGAUCUUGCAGUUUCAGCACAUGAAUUCAGACGGGGUUCAGGUCAUGCUGAACGGUGGCGGACAUUGGGUGACAAUCAGUCAAAUGAACGGCACAGUCAAGCUGCUGGAUAGUGAGAAUGUUGGUCUUUCUCCAAAACUGUCCAGUCAGAUUAUGAAUCUGUUCUCGGGGAGUGAGUGCGAGCUGCAGUCCCCUACCGGUCUUGAGAUCCAACUGCCGAAGAUGCACCCACAGCGUGGCUCUAGUGACUGCGGGGUAUUCGCCUUGGCUUACGCCACUGAGAUCGCCUUCGGAGGUCACCCGGAAUCCACAGUCUUCGACCAGAGGUCAAUGAGGGGACAUUUUAAGAGAUGCUUGUCCUCUUUGCAAAUGGUUCCCUUCCCAAAGUUAAAAUGUACUCCAAGGAGUGCUAAAGACAUCGGAGGGAAAUCUGAAACUAUAUAAUAUUUCAGUGUAUCU